UUGACCUUGUUUUAGCGCGUGUGUGUGUGGUGAGAUGGACGACGAAGUGAUACGGAAGAGGUUGUGCGUGGAGGGGGAAGGAGGGAGCGACGAUAGACGCGUGCUGUCUCUGCUGAAGACAUUCGUCCGCUGGGCAGUAGACUCCGCACUGUCCCUUGAGGAGAGAGACGCCACCUACCAGAAGAUGCUGUUUACCCUCAGUCAGUGUGAAUUCUCCUUCACCAAGACUCAGCUGGUGAUGGACAUGAACAGGAGGGAGAUGGAGAGAUAUGAGGAGGUGUACAGUGAAAUAGGGCAGGAAAUCAAGAGGUCUCAGCAGCUGAUUGUGCAGUACAAGGAAGAGCUGAAGAAGUCUCGUGUAAUUCGUAAACACAGACAAGAGUACGACGCAAUGGCAAAGGUGAUCCAGCAGCACCCACCGCGGGCCCAGACAGAGCAAAGGAUCUCGGAGCUGGAGGUGCGUCUAGAGGAGCUCCUGUCAGCCCGCAGCAGUCUGCAGGAGAAGCUGGAGCUGAGGAAGAGGCAAUUCCAUGUUCUCCUCACCUCCAUCCACCACCUGCAGAGCCUGCUGGCCUCCGAGGACACCCCCGAUAGAGAGGGGGAGGAGCCUGUCACCAUGGACACCUCAUAGCUUUCUUCAAAUGUGUACAUGUACUGUUGUUUCUGUGCUGCUAACCCUAUCUCCUUAUUGGUUUUUCAAGAUUCAUCUACUUACGAUGUUUGUGCUUGCUGUGAAUUCGCGCAUGCGCCCACAACGGAGCAGGCCACACCCACCAAAGGGGAUUCCCAGCGGAGAGCUAGGGUGGAGUUUCUGUAAAAUACAGACCUGCAAAGCUUUCGGCGAUGUCGGGGGACCGCGUGUUCGCCACCGUCAAGUCCGACGAGGUGUUCGUGUUCCGGCACAACUUCAGCGCGAACAAGUGGGAAAACUUCUUCACCAACAGGGCAGAUGGCUCGGCUACCGUCACCUUCAGGAAGAGAGGCUACAACUUCUUCGUCCGUAUCGUCGGUGAUGGCGGACUGAGGGAGGAGCACCAGUUGUCUACAACUGCCAACGUGAAGGAUUCUGGUAAGGGCUUCAUUCAGGUCCCUCUGCCGGAGAAGAAACAACUCAUCGGAAUAAAGUUCAAGAGGGCGGAGAUGGCGGACAUAUUCCUGGGGAAGAUCCGAGCGGAGAUGAAUGUGACAGGUCUGGUGACCUUGCAGGCUGUGGUACUUGAUGAGAAGCCGUCCAGUGGCAUCCCCAAUCCGGACAAACUGCCCCCUGCUAUUGGGUAUGGUGUUGGACCGUCGACACUACAGCCAGCUCCCUCACAAACACAAGCCCCACCCCCUCCCCAGGAUCGCGUAGUCGAGGCAACAGACAAUCCUCCGGGCCCAGCCGACUACCAACCACCGCACGGAGCACCUGCAGGCCUGCAGCCAGUUCACUACCUCCAGCAACACUCACCUCACCCAACUGUUAACAACACCACACCCCCGCAACAGAAUUCUGUACAACCCACUAACAAUCCGGGAGUUAGGCCGUUUAAUCCUGGGCAGCUGCCUUUCAAUCCGGGACACCCACCUAACAAUCCAGGACUGCAGCCGUAUAAUCCGGGACAGCCAGUAAAUCCGGGACCCUCAGUCUCCAAACCUCCAUACAACCCUGGUCCUGCUAUAGAGAGGGGACCCCAGGUACUGCCUACUGUGGAGAGACAGACUCCUGUCAAGACUAGCAGAGCAAUGGUUGAGGCUGCUGCCCCGCUCCUGUUACCAAAGAAACCGCCUGCUAAACCCCCAGAGCCCGAAAUACCGUCGUUUGUUAAUGAAGAGCCAUCUGAUCACGCAACGUUCCUGGCCAAUGCACUCAAUGCGGGGAACUUUGAAGCGGCCCACAGAAUGAUCCACAUGCUGCAGAAGAUGGUGGCAGAGGCCCAGAAACCGCAGAAGAAACUCUCCAUUUCUUAUUCCAACACCUCCAACGGUCCCUCAAUGGAGGACGUGGAUGUCAAACUCCAUCUGUUCAUAGAGUUCCAGAGUCAGCACAAAAGUAAACUGGAGUUCUAUCUCGACUUCAAGUCAAGUCUCAGGAUCUCUGACAUACAGCAACAUCUGGAGCUAAGUCACCACAUCCCAAAGGCCACUCAGAACUGGAUCAUUGGCGAUAACUUGGUGAAGGGAGAUCUCCUGAACCACACUCUCAGAGACUUUGGCAUCGACGGAGAUGGCUCGGCCACCACCGCCACUGAUGUGUAUAUCUACGUGAUGCACUCCAAGAAGGCCCAUGUUCCAAAGGAGGAGUACGAAGCCAUACGCCAGUGUCAACAGGAGGAAUACGACAGGAAGAAACAGGGGCUCAAACAGCCGUGGGAACAACCUCUCGUUCUGCCGACUGCUGCCCCGCCCACUGUUCCUCCGAGGUCACACCCCGCACCCCAUCACCAAGCGGAGUACCCCACCCAGCAUCCCCCACCCCAGGUGAGGCGAAUGGACAGAGAUGGAGGAGGGUUCAAUAUGGGAGGUCAGAUGGUGCAGGCAGUCGCCCUUGACUACCACAUUCCUCAGCCACGAGAAGCCCCACCCACUGUACAUCGAGCCUGGGGACUUCCACCUGAAGAAGAUACAUAUGCCAGAGUUAACCACAACAUUCCUAGACCAGGCAUGGCUCCACCCCCUCAACGGGUUCAGUCCGACUUUGACCCCACCUACGAAAAGCUACAGAACUACCAGCUACACCCUGCCGAGAGUAGGCCACACCCACAUCACGCAGCACCCCCUAAUAUCGGCUACGGAAUACCUCAAUUUGGAGGAGGCGGGUAUAUGCCUGGACCUCAACCUCUCCACCAGCAGCAUAUGGCACUAGGCUACCCUCCAGAAGCUAGAGGACCCCCUCAAACUAAAAGACCCCCAGAAUCAAGGGGACCCCCUGAAACUAGGGGACCCCCUCAAAGUAAAAGACCCCCAGAAUCAAGGGGACCCCCUGAACUUAGGGGACCUCCUGAAACUAGGGGACCCCCUACCCAAUAUCAGGCCCCUGAGCUGGAGCCUGUGAUGCCACGCCCACCCCCACCAGCGGUGAGGCAGGUCGGCUGGUCCUGUCCGAAGUGUACCUUCAUCAACAAACCUCGUCGUCCCGGCUGCGAAAUCUGCUCUGCAGACCGACCACUCGACUACCAGGUGAUGAUGUCAUUGACACUGUUCCAAAUGUAUGGGUCUGAAUUGACCAUUACAUCAUAAAUGCAGAUCCCUGAAGACAUUCCAAUGGAUGCAGACGAGGCAAGGAUUGUGGCGGGACUGCAGGGGAGCGAGGACUUGUUCCAGCAGAUGCUGGCUACACAAGAGAGAGGUCUGGAGGGGACCAGAUGAGGGGCAGCGACAUUCACACAUCCCCUGCCCCCCUCUUGUGGAUAGUACUGGUUGACUUUCCUUUCAGCUAGUCCAGUCGCUGUGUCCGUAUUGUGUACAAUGUCAAAUAAUGAUGUCAUCAUUACAAUGUUGAUAAGAGCGGAGACACGGGGAGGUAGUAAUGAGUGGGUGUGGUUCUCUCCCUAGUUCGAAGAGGCAGAGAAGCAGAAACAAGAGAGGGAGAGGGCAGAGAAUUUCCAGGCCCUGCUGCAAGCAGAAGAAGAAGCUCUCAUUACAAAUGAAGAGGAAUUUGACUGCCCAAUUUGCUUCGACACAGUGGAGCCAGGGGAGGGAGUUACACUCAGGAACUGUCUCCACCGGUUCUGCAAGUUGUGUUUGAAGCAGAGUAUAAUGCAGAGUCCAGAUGCAGAGGUGAAAUGUCCAUACAAAGACAACGAUUAUGAGUGCAACGCUCCGCUGCCUGAGAGAGAAAUCAAACAGCUGGUGACGAAGGAGGAGCUACAGGAUCUGUACAAGAGAGGGCUGCGGGAGGCCGAGAGUGCAGCUGCCAACAGCUACCACUGUAAGACCACCGACUGCGAGGGGUUCUGCUUUUAUGAGGACGAAGUCAACCAUUUCCAUGCCAAAUCUGUAGGAAGGUGAACUGCCUGACGUGUAAGGCCAUUCAUGAAGGACAGAACUGCCAGGAAUACCAGGACGACCUCAAGAGAAGAGCUGCCAAUGACGUGGCUGCCAAGGCCACUCAAGAAAUGUUGGAAAAAAUGGUGGAGGCUGGCGACGCAAUGCACUGCCCGUCCUGUCAGAUUGUGGUUCAGAAGAAAGACGGCUGCGACUGGGUUCGCUGCAGUGUGUGUAAGACUGAGAUCUGCUGGGCCACCAAACAGGCUCGCUGGGGCCCCAAUGGUAAAGGUGACAAGUCAGGAGGCUGUCAUUGCAGGGAGGACGGGAAGAAGUGUCAUCCACUCUGUCGAAACUGCCACUGAUUAUAUGAAAAUAGCUCCCCAUAUUAUUUUGUUGACUCUAGCCUUUGUGUGUGUGGUUUUCACUUUACUUUGUAUACUACCCAUGUUUGUGUCCUGUUUUGGUUUCCCCUAAAUUUGUAAGAGUGAAAUACAACCUAAACAGCUGUGCUAUCUUCAACAUAGACACACAUGUAAAUGUCUUGCGUGAAUCUGCGAACCAGUUCUGGAACAUUCUUCUCUUUCUUUUGCGACAUAGUUUUCUUUAGUUUGUCACCGUACACCCAUUCCUCUAGGUCUGCGGUACAGUCCUCACAC